AGAUGGUCUGUGAUUGCUGCUCAACUGCCAGGUAGAACAGACAAUGAUGUCAAGAACCAUUGGAACACAAAGCUCAAAAAGAGACUAUCUGGUAUGGGCAUUGAUCCAGUAACACACAAGCCAUUUUCUCACUUAAUAAGUGAAAUUGCAACAACAUUAUCUCCACCACAAGUCCCUCAUUUAGCAGAAGCAGCACUUGGUUGUUUCAAAGAUGAAAUGCUUCAUCUUUUAACCAAGAAAAGAAUUGGUUUUCAGUUUCAUCAACAGUUUCCAAAUAAUGCACCAAGUACUAGUCAUGUCAAGAAUGAAGAGAAUGACACAGUUGAGAAGAUCAAGUAUGGAUUGUCAAGAGCUAUUAAGGGAAGUGACAAGAAUUGGGAGACAAAUGGAGGAGCAACAUCUAGUAGUUUUCAUGAUAAUGGUGGAUAUAGUAACUAUAACUUUGCUAAUUUGCUUAACGACGAAGACGGUUCACCAUGGAACCAAAGUUUGUGUAGUGGAAGCACAUGCACAGCAGGAGGAGAAUUACAACAACAACAACAACAACAACGUAACAAGAAAACUAGCAAUGGUAAUUGUGAGGAUAGUGGUAAGGAAGUGGUAACAACAAGAAAUGGAUCAACGACAACUAUGUUCAAUUCCGACUGUGUUCUGUGGGAUAUUUCAUCUGAUGAUCUGAUGAAUCCAAUGGUAUGAAGAGAUUACUGUAAUAAGGUGGAGAAAGUUGAUCAGUACCUGUGCCGGUUGGAGAUAGCAGGUGCUCCGUGGAAGUAGUCAAGGUGAGCGCAAGCUGACCGAGAUACCAGAGUCAUUUAAGAAAUCAUUGUAAUAGUGUGCUUGAAUUAGUAGGCUAGCUAGAAAGGCAAGAAUAUGUUAUUUUCAUCAAAUGAACAAAAGAAAUGAAGUACUAAUAAAGAGAGAAUCUAAAUGAAUCUCAUUCUUGAAUGGUCGUAUCCGUCUCUUUUUAUAUGACAUUCUUUCUUUUUCGAUUUGACAUCCAGCAUCAAGAUGCGACGUGUAUAUAUUUAUGCUUCAAUUCACAAAAAUGUGCAUCUUUGGUCUCUCUAGUAACAAAUUCGUCAAACUUGUUAACUGGAGAAACCAAAGCGUAAUAUCGCAUUAUUGAAGGUUAGAUGCAC